AUGAGUCUUCUGCGAGUGCUCUUCAAAAGAAACCCAGCAAACAGAUUAGGAGCAGGCCUAGAUGGAGUUGAAGAAAUUAAGAGGCAUGCAUUCUUUUCCAAAAUAGAUUGGAAUAGAUUGUACAGGAGAGAAAUUGAUCCCCCUUUUAAACCUGCAACUGGCAGACCUGAAGAUACGUUUUAUUUUGACCCUGAGUUUACAGCAAAAACUCCAGAAGAUUUGCCUGGUCUCCCACCUAGUGCUAAUGCGCAUCAACUUGUUCGGGGAUUUAGUUCUGUAGCUAUUGCAUCAAAUGACGAAAGCCAGGCAGUGCAGACAGUUGGAGUGCAUUCCGUUGUCCAGCAGUUGCACAGGAACAGCAUUCAGUUUACUGAUAGAUACGAAGUGAAGGAAGAUAUCAGAGUUGGGUCUUACUCUGUCUAUAAGAGAUGUAUUCAUAAAGCUUUAAACAGGGAAUAUGCUGUAAAGAUUAUAGACAAGAGUAGAAGAGAUCCAAGAAAGGAGAUUGAAAUCCUACUGCGCUAUGGCCACCAUCCAAAUAUUAUUACCCUAAAAGAUGUGCAUGAUGAUGGAAAAUACGCAUACAUAGUAACAGAACUUACAAAAGGAGGGCAACUGCUGGAUAAAAUUCAUAGACAAAUUUUUUUCUCGGAACGAGAAGCUAGUGCCGUUCUGUUCACAAUAACAAGAACGGUUGAGUACCUCCAUGCGCAAGGGGUUGUUCAUGGAGAGCUGAAGCCUAGCAAUAUUCUUUAUGUUGAUGAAUCUGGUAAUCCAGAAUCCAUUCGACUUUGUGAAUUUGGCCUUGCAAAACAACUACGAGUAGAAAAUGGCCUUCUGAGGAGUCCAUGUUACACAGCAAGUUUUGCUGCACCAGAGGUUUUACAGGGGCAAGGUUACGAUGCUGCAUGGGACAUAUGGAGCCUUGGUGUUCUACUUUAUACCAUGCUUGCUGGCUACCCUCCUUUUGUAACUGGUCCUGAUGAUACCCCAGAGGAGAUUUUGGCCCGAAUAGGUAGCGGAAAUUUGUCUCUCAGCGGUGGUUAUUGGAAUACCGUUUCAGAUACAGCUAAAGACCUUCUUUCAAAAAUGCUUCAUGUUAACCCACAUCAAAGACUGACUGCAGCCCAAGUCCUUAGUCACCCCUGGAUAGUUUGCUGUGACCAGUUGCCUCAAUACCAGCUAAACAGGCAGGAUGCUCCCCGUGUAGUGAAGGGUGCAAGAGCAGCAGCUUACUCUGCUUUGACUCGUAAUCAGUCACCAGUUUUGGGAGCCUGUCAGCCAUUCUCCUCUUGCUCAGAGCAUUAUUUUUCAUAA